UGUGCCCGCAGGAAGAAGAAGAAGGCGAAGGACAAGGCCCAGGUCCUGGAGCAGAUCGUGAGCAGCAAGAAGCAGGAGGAGGAGAAGAAGCGCGGCCUGGACAAGCGGACUCCGGCGCAGGUGGCCUACGAGAAGAUGCAGGAGAAGCGGCAAAUGGAGAGGAUCCUGAAGAAAGCGUCUAAAACCCACAAGCAGAGAGUGGAGGACUUCAACAGGCACCUGGAUACUCUGACUGAGCAUUACGACAUUCCUAAAGUCAGCUGGACUAAGUGA